UUGCGCCCCAUUUUCCGGACUUGUGCAGGAUUCAAGACCUGAGAAAAUGGCGUUGGCAGCAAUUGAUCCACAGCAGAACAUUGUAUCGAGGGUUGUCAAUCUUCCCUUGGUGAGCUCUACCUACGACAUGGUGUCCACAGCUUAUAGCACUACAAAGGAUAACCAUCCUUAUCUGAAGUCAGUAUGUGAGAUAGCAGAGAAAGGAGUGAAGACAAUUACUUCGGUAGCCGUGACAAGUGCUAUGCCUAUCAUCCAGAAACUGGAGCCACAAAUUGUUGUUGCCAACAACUAUGCAUGUAUAGGUCUAGACAAAAUUGAGGAGAGACUGCCGAUACUGAAUCAACCCACUGACAAGGUUGUCGCCAAUGCCAAGGGUGUAGUUGUUGGAGCCAGAGAAGCUGUAACAACCACUGUGUCUGGUGCCAAGGAAACUGUUGCUCACACGAUCACUGGAGUUAUGGGCAAGACUAAAGAAGCAAUGCAAGACAGUGUAGAAAUGACCAAGUCAGUUGUCAAUGGCAGCAUUAACACUGUCCUGGGAAGUCGUGUGCUGCAAAUGGUGAGCAGUGGAGUGGACAGUGCUCUCACUAAAUCGGAGACCCUUGUAGACCAGUAUCUCCCACUUACAGAAGCAGAACUAGAGAAAGAAGCAGCAAAAGUUGAAGGUUUUGAAACUGGAGUUCAAAAGCCAAGCUACUACAUUAGACUAGGAUCCCUGUCUUCAAAGUUCCGCACACGUGCCUACCAACAAGCCUUAAACAAAGUCAAUGAUGCUAAGCAGAAAAGCCAGGAGACCAUCUCUCAGCUCCACCACACUGUUAAUCUGAUCGAGUAUGCCAGAAAGAACAUGAAUAGUGCCAAUCAGAAACUUCUUGAUGCUCAGGAAAAGCUGUAUCAGUCCUGGGUAGAAUGGAAGAAAAAUACAGGCCAAAAUGAUGGUGAUGAACUGCAGAGCGCUGAGCUUAUUGAGUCAAGAACUCUAGCUAUAGCACGGAGCCUCACUCAGCAGCUUCAGACCACCUGCCUCACACUGGUUUCAAGCCUACAGGGGCUACCACAGAAUGUGCAGGAUCAGGUUUACAGUGUUGGGUCAAUGGCAGGUGAUGUCUACCAGAGUUUUCUGUCUGCAUCUUCCUUCCAAGAAUUAUCAGACAGCUUUCUUGCCACUAGCAAAGGACAGCUGAAGAAAAUGAAGGAGUCUCUGGAUGAUGUGAUGGAUUAUCUUGUAAACAACACACCGCUCAACUGGCUGGUUCCAGAUUUCACUAUUACAGACCUGUCUUCAGAGUCAGAUGAUAUCCCAAACAUUCUGGAUUUGGAUGAAGAAGAUCAGCAAGACUUUUCACGCACAAAUGGCCCUUACACUACAGGGCAAAGAGCUGAAUAAAGAGCAGCAUAAAAACAUCUUUUUGAUACAAUGUACUUCUGCCAUGUUUAACUUAGAUUUCUCCUUUCUAAAGAUGAACCUAUCCUAGUUUAGGGAUUUUGGGGAUAUUUUUUUUUGAUCACUACUGGUUUAGUUACAUCAAAAUUAUAUAUAUAUAUAUAUAUAUAUUUUUUCUAUGUAAAGAAUGCAUGCUACAUUAAUUCAUUAGAAUGGGUGUAAAGCUCACAUUCUGCAAACCAGAUACAACCUAACAGUGUAUCCAACUGAUCAAGUCUUUGUUGAUGAUUUGUUCUCUGGCUGACAGCAGCCAUAAGAACACUCGAGUGCUUUUCAUAAAGGGCUGCCAACAAUAGGAGUUGAUGAGGAUUUGCCCACAAAAUUUCCCCUUUCACUCUACAUGAGAAGCACUUCUGCAUCUACCUCUUUGCUGCUGGAAUGGGUAAGAGACUUUGUCUCAAAUUCUCUCAGGUUCUCUUUGUUAGGCUCUGUACCUAGAGAGCUUAGAAGCUUAGGGCUUGCCUUUGGCGAGAGUGCUAUAUGCACAAAAGGAUUCCCUUUCUCUCUACAUGCCUUCUGUGUGCAAACAUUCUUGACAUUCUGCACCAUCUUGACAUUAUCAACUGUGGGGCCUGAGACUAAAAUAAGGUAAAUGCUUAAAAAGGAGUUUUGUCAGGAAUAAGGAUGACAGUUAAAAAACAAGGCAGGAAAGACUGUGAGAAGUAAAGAAAAAAUAGAGGUCAGUGAGAUACAAACAGAUGUGGGCCAAAAGAAAAUUGAAAAAAGAUAGACAACUGGAGGGUAGGGAUACUUCUUAUGACAGUAAUGAUCUUCCUAUGUUUAAACACAAUCUCAAGUAUUUGCAAAGGAAUACUGAAUCUGCAUUUGGUUGCACAUGGUGACUUCUGUAGGAGUUGGGGUGAAUGGAACCAGACUGGAGGCAGGUUUGUUCAGCUUCUUUCUAAGGAUCAGGCUGAUGCUCCGCAGAGCACUGCCGGUGUCACUGCAGCGAAUCAGGAGGUGCUGCACAGUGCUACAGCCACUGAAGCAUUGCACAGCGGGUAGGAUUGCUGCGAGGUUGGCACCCACUCUCUCUCGUUAUGUAAUGCUUGGUUGUUGUGAAAACUCUGAAGUGUAGUCACUGAAAUGCCUUGGAAUAAACAUUUGAACCACA